AUGUGCAAUGUAAGCGAAAAAAAAACUAAAAUCUAUAUAGACAUCGAAACACUUCACAAACUAACCAGUGAGGAAAAGCGACAGUCAUAUCUUUUACACGUUCAGAAGAAGGAUGAGUUGAAUUCAUCAGUAGAAAAAUUAAAGGAUUAUUUGCAACAGAAAGAAUUGCCAUUCGAACCGAUAGUGGCAAUUGUUGGUCCCUUAUUGAACAUCGAAUCAUUUCAUGUGAUAGUGGACGAUAUUGUGUAUACGACAAAAUCAUUUCUUGAAGCAGUUGAUUUAAAUUUUAAAGUAUUUUACGUCUUCGAUCGCGAUUAUCCCCCCUAUGUCGAUGAUUUAUGGAAGUUUCUUCAAAAUGUGCUUUAUGAAAUACCUCUAAUUGGCGAGAAAAUGUCAAUGCAGCAUAAACUCUUAAGUGGAAAAAUUGAAAUGCUUUGUAAAACGUAAUCAAAUUUAAGUUUAGCUACUUUUUUCUUCAAUUUCAGAGUUACAGACAAUAUUCAAUCUGUUGUAAUUUUUUUGUUCUUCUAAUUUGACUCUAAUAAGACUUCUCAAAAAUUUUUG